CUCCCGGCUCAGACUUCUGCUGCAGCGCCUCCGCCGCCGCCGCCGCAUCUAACGCAGUUCCCUCCGCCGCAGCCCGAGGCAAGAUGGUUCUCCAGAACGACAUUGAUCUGCUCAACCCGCCGGCAGAACUCGAGAAGCUCAAGCACAAGAAAAAGAGACUCGUCCAGUCGCCCAACUCCUUCUUCAUGGAUGUUAAGUGCCAGGGGUGCUUCAGCAUAACCACUGUUUUCAGCCACUCCCAGACUGUUGUUGUGUGCCCUGGCUGCCAAACUGUCCUCUGCCAACCCACAGGAGGAAAGGCAAGGCUCACUGAGGGCUGCUCUUUCCGCAGGAAGGGAGACUAGAGCGGAUGUGGUCUUCAAGUUUUGCUCUAUGCCAGAUACUAGCGUCAUGAACUGCCUUUAGCUAAGAUUUUCCAUAAGUUGUUCUCGAGCAGCUAUGUGUUGCAUGUUGGCUACUUCCAAACUUAUAUCUGGUUUGGUUUGGAUUGUGAUGAACUAAUGGCUCUUUGAAUUUAUAUUAUGAUGUUGACGAUAUUUGGUGACA